UCUAAAGUCAAGAAAAUUUCUAGUAUUUAGGUUUCUUAUCGUUCAUAAAAUUUCUCUUCUAGUAUUUCAUCUACAUCUUUUAAAAAUGUACGCUCGAGUAAAAUCUCCCCUUCGUUUUCCAGGAUUUAUCUCUCAUGAGUUUAAAAUUGUGACAGUAAGUUACAGGAAGAGUGUCUGUUUCAUUUGAAUGCAAUUCUCAAUUUGGUCGAAGAACAUUCGAAGUAAUGCUGAUCGAGAGGAGAUCAUGAGAUCUGUAAUUUUGAUCUGUGAAAGUUUUUGUUCUUUCUCAGUUAUGUGGAGAGGCAAGAGACAGUGCCAAACUUUGUGAAUUCAAAAUGGGAGCACUCCUAACAUGACCGGGAUCACGACUACCUCGAAACCAUUUCAGUUGACUCUGGCAAUCAUCAAACCCCACAUAAUCUCAGCACCUCAUGCACUUCAGGGAAUCAGAGAAACAAUACUGGCAAACAAAUUUUACAUCGUUAGAACAAAACGUCACAGCUUGACCCUGGAUGAAGUUAAAGAGUUCUACGCUGAACACACCAACAGAUUCUACUUUAAACGUCUCGUCACUUUCAUGUCAAGUGGGCCUUGCGAUCUACACAUUCUGGCAAAGGUAAAUGCAAUUCUUGAAUGGCGCCAGCUGAUGGGGCCUACUAAAAGUUAUCAAGCCCACUAUUCACAUCCAUCUUCUAUCAGAGGUAGAUGGGGUCUAUCAGAUACAAGGAAUGCUGCUCACGGUUCUGAUAGCCCAGAGUGUGUUCAAAGGGAAAUCGGCAUUCUUUUCCCAGAGUUUUCUGAAGAGCAUUGGCUGAAAGAGGAAAAGCAUCAUUUUGAAAAUGGCACCGUCUAUUUUGAUACGGAAAGAUUUAUUCAUAGAAUGAAGGAUCAGUCUUGUCAAAUCGACCCAACUGUCAAUGCUGACGGUCCGCAGGCCGGAUGAAGAACUCUGGAAACUCGUUCAAACUGAAACAUAAAAACUGCGACUGAAAAACUUCAGAAAUACUGAAACGUGUGUGUUUUAAGAUGUAUCAUUGAUCUUCAAAAUUAACUUUGUAAAUGUCUAGUCUUAAAUUUAGAAAUAUUCUCCUAUUUAAAAUGUGUAGCGUUAUUCUUAAAGCCUGCUCCAAGAGCUUCCGUUUCGAUACGAUAAAAGUACGUACACCCAUAAGCAAUAGUUUCAGUACUUUUGAUUUUUCGCCUACUUAGAAAAUCGUAAUAAUAUCUAAGAAUUGUUUUUCAUCUCUUUAAAGUAAACUCUAUUUUUGUUUUGAA